GCACUAGCCCUAGGCUGUGUCUUCUGAACCAAUUCCAUUCCUCUCAAAACUCAAGUUAUAACAAUGGCACCCAGGAAGUCAAACCCCAUGGAACAACCUCCAGCUGCUUCCUCCGAUGAUGGGGAAGAGAGCUCUUCUGAUGAACUCACUUCUUCUGACGAUGAUCAUGUGACUUUGUCUUCUCCAAAACCAAGUCACUCUGUUGCUUCCGCACCGCAGAAGAAGUCUCUUAGCUCUGAAGAAGAUUCCGGAUCCGAAUCAGAGUCCGAAUCCGAAUCCGACCCGGACUCAACUCCGAAGCCUGUUGCCACCAAACCCAUGGAAGAAACCCCAAAAGCCUCAACUACUAAACCCAGGUCGAAAGCUCCGGCAAAACGCCCUAAUGAGACGGAGGAGACUCCGAAGGACUCCAAACGGACGAAGAAGAAUGAAACAGAUGCUGAUCCGGUUGAUGAGGAUCAGAAGAAGCCUGGAGAGGAUACAAAGAAGCAGUUGUUUCAAAGACUCUGGAGCGAGGAGGAUGAAAUUGCUGUGUUGAAGGGGAUGAUUGACUUCACCACAAAAAAAGGGGUGGACCCAAAUCAAGAUAUGAAUGCUUUUCAUGAUUUUAUCAAAAAAUCGCUUCAUGUGGAUGUUACAAGAUCUCAAGUGAUGGACAAGAUUAGGAGAUUGAAGAAGAAGUAUGAGAACAAUCUUGGCAGAGAAAAGAAAGGUGAAGAUCGGACUUUUUCGAAACUGCACGAACGACAAGCUUAUGAAUUGUCUAAAAAGCUAUGGGGAAGUGAAGAUACUAGUGGAGUUCUUGAAUCAGCUGCAAAGUCGAAUGGGAAAGCAAGAAAGAAUCAAACCCAGAGAGGGAAUAGUAAGUCCUUGCCUAUUUUAAAAGCCGAGUUGAAUGAUGGAGGUAAGGAAGGGGAGAAGAUGGAGAUUGAUAAUGACAAAGAAGGUAACUUGAGCAAUGCAAAAGUGAAGCUUUUGUUUAAUGAGAGUGUUGGGAUGGCUGGCUUGGAGGAGUUUGUAAUCAACCAGGGUUUAGAUAUGAUUGGAGGAGCCAAAAAGGAGGAAUUGGAGGAAAGGUGGAAGCAGUUGCAGAUUGCUCAGUUGCAGUUGUUUGUGGAGCGGAAUGAUUUAAUUAAGGAGCAAACUAAGUUAAUGUUGGAGGCCAUGAAAUCAUCAGGUUGAUAGGUUAUUAGUUGUUUUGAGGUAUGAUUUAUGCUUUUUGUGGCUGUUUUGAGAAUAACUAUUAAGGUAUUGAUGUUUUUGUUUAGUUUUGAUUAAUUGUGGACUUGUGUGGUAUUUGUGAUUAUAUCAUUCUCUUGAAUGUGGAGUAGUUUAAACUUACUAUA